UGUUUGACUAGGAUCUGGUUGAUUAUUUAAUUCUUUUCUAAUGCAUAUUAUCUUUCCUUUUCUACCAAGGUACACAUUCUUUUGGAUUCUGGUUCUAUCAGUCAAAUUUUGUUUCAGCUACAGUUUUGAGAUAAAACCACUCAUAGAACCAACUAGACUAAUCAUGAAAAUUGGUGUGCAAAGUUAUGAUUGGCAUGAGCUUUUCCCUAAAGUCAAGAGCAAUGCUGGUGCUAUUGUGGCUGUGUGGGCUCCAAUAAUAGUUGUAUAUUUCAUGGAUACACAGAUUUGGUACUCCGUUUUCUGUACUAUCUUUGGUGGAGUUUAUGGCAUCUUGCAUCAUCUUGGUGAG